AUGCCCGUCGCGCCCGGCCUCGCGACGGCGCUCAGCACACCGCUCACACCCGACCUUGCAACGACGCUCAACAUGCCGAUGUGGCUCACUCGACAUCCCGAGUUCUGCCACGGCGACAAGGAGACGGCGCCGGCGUCUCUCGUCUCGCAACGUGCCGAAGCCAGCGACUGGCUGCGCCUCGGCGCUCAAAAUGGCUACCGAUGUCUGCGCGACAUUAUCACCAAGAUGGACACGGGCGGCGUCUGGCCCUCGUGGCGUCGCUUCUCUACAUGCAUGUCGACGACCCACGCCGGGCUUCGCGUUCAGUACGACGCGGAGAUCGACUUGAUCGCCGUGCGGCCGGCCGCUUACACGAAAGCCGUCUACGACCACCUCAGCACCGUGUAUCGGAACGUGCUUGCACGCACGGGUACGCCACUGGAUGCUGUGCUCCACGACGUCGCCGUCGAUCCGCACCCGUUCCGUGCCAAGGUCAAAAACGCGGUUGUCCCGUUCGAGCGUUUGCCACGUCAUCUGAUCAACCAGAUGGCCUACCACGCACCCUCCUCAACGAAGCCGACACCGACGUACAGUGCGCGACGACCGGACCGGACUGCCGCAGCCACCUACAUGGGCCUCCUCCGCCGCUUGCUGCGCUGGUUGAGGCCGUGCACGCCGACGUGUGGUUCCGGGCGACGAUGA